GCUGCCUGACGUCAACCUAAAUAGGAAGAGGACAUUGUUAAACGUAGAUUAAAGCUCACACCAGUGGACUGUGUCACUGACAGCCUUCUUGUUAAUGAUCGGAGCUGAAUGGCAGCGACACCCCGCGAGCACCGGCUACAUCCGGGUACCGACAGAAACGGGCGCACCGCAAAGAGCGAAGAUGACGUCAGUAACGUGAAGGAGAGCGGUACACAGACGGAGGGCAAAGUGCAAGGUCAUGGACCCAGACUGUCCAAAGUUAACCUCUUCACGUUACUGAGUCUUUGGAUGGAGCUUUUUCCCAGGAGGGACUCUCAGAGACGAGACAACGCAUCUGUGAAAGGCACUGGCCUAGUGGUGGUCCAUGAGCAAAGAAUUCUGGGUCUUCAUUGCUCUGGAGCAGCGCUCCAUGCCGGUCAGGUGGCUGUAAUCAGACAUGGGUCCAGACUAAAGGGCUGCGAUCUUUAUUUUUCCAGAAAGCCUUGUUCUGCCUGCCUAAAGAUGAUUAUUAAUGCUGGAGUGAACAGGAUCUCGUACUGGCCGGCUGAUGCUGAGAUCAGUCUGCUGUCUGACAGAAGCAGUGCCGCAGGUUCUCGUCUCCAGGAAGCCAUGCUGGAUGCAACCGCUGCCGAAAGACUCAAAUCCAGUAGCAGGCCACACAUCGGUGUGGUGCUCCAACCUCUCCCCAACUCCAUGCUUCAGUUUGUGGAGGAGACGUCCCGCAACAGUGACUUUCUGGGCAGAAUGGCAGCUGACGAUCCCUCUCUGGAUGUCCAUGAACUCUUUAGGAAAGAGCGCUGGAGGAACUGGGAGAGUUUUUCUAAAAGGUUUGUGAUUGAUGAUGUGGAGGUGCACAGAGAGCUGCUGAGUAAAAUGAACCUAGAGAACUUUUGCACAGAACCAUAUUUCAGCGAGCUACGGCAGCACAUGAGGGAUCUGAUCCGGAUUCUGGCUUCCGUGGCUGCCAGUGUUCCCGCUCCCGAGCACGAAUACGGGUUCUAUGAGACAGAACCCAUAAUGAGUGGACAUAGGACAUUAUCUCAGGAUGUUGUGCGACACUGCAUCAUCCAGGCUGCGGUGCUGGCGUAUAGAACAGAAGAUCCUAAAGUGGGAGUAGGUACAGUGAUCUGGGCAGAAGGCAGACUGCCUCAGUGUGAUGGCACGGGGAACAUGUACCUGGUGGGAUGUGGUUAUAACGCCUAUCCCGUGGGCUCCGAGUAUGCCGAGUUUCCUCAGAUGGACGACAAGCAGGAAGAGAGACAGCGCCGUAAAUACCGCUACAUCAUCCACGCUGAGCAGAAUGCGCUCACGUUCAGGAGUGCGGAUGUGAAGGAGGAAGAAAACACAAUGCUCUUCGUCACUAAAUGCCCCUGUGACGAAUGUGUACCUCUGAUCCAAGGCGCCGGCAUCAAACAAAUCUACACCACAGACCUGGACAGCGGGAAGGACAAACACGACAUCUCUUACAUCAACUUCAACCGGCUGCGCGGCAUCCGCAAGUUCAUCUGGAAGAAGUCGUGUCUUGUCAGAAGUGCUGCUGAACAAACUGGUCCACCUUUAUCAAAUGGCUGUGUGAAGAACAGACGAGAGGAAGCUGUGGACUAUCAAUGCAACAAGAAGCUGAGAAACUGAGGGAUCGGGAAGCUCAGAGGUUCUUGACUAUAAUCCUGGAGAGCCCUUGGUUUACAGUUUUAGAGAUUAUCCUUCUGUCUUUGAACCUCAUCAUAACGUUACCUUGAACACGUGGAAUGCCUCAAACUGGAUAUUGGGACUUUUGUCUCUCAACAGGUUCAUCAUGAGUUUGAGGUUCUCCGGCUUGCUGAUGUACCUCGU